UUGUUUUAAAAACUAACAUUAACGUUAGUAACGUUAGUAACGUUAGUACAGUUUGGAAUAACGUGCUUCCCGAGCACUGUGAAUUAUUAGCAGUAACUUAGUUUCGGUGGAGUAAUUGUGAACCCCUUCAGGAUGUUUGCGGCAGGUCGACCCUUUCGAGGCUCCAGAGGAGGACAAAUGCUCUUAAAGAAUUUACCUGCCAUAUCAGAACUGAAUGAAUCCUAUAAACCUCGGUCUGAAGAUGUCAGACAAGUGGCAGGUCCUGGUGGCAGGUCAAACGUCUCACCUGAAACUCUGAUUGCCAGAUACAGGCAAGGUGAGCUCAACGCUGUGUCUUUACUCCAUAACCUCGCCCAGGUUUUACAGUUCCACCUGGAAUUAAAGGAGACGGUGACCACAGGCAACAUAGCAGGGCUUUAUUUCGCCUUUUGUGUGGUGAUUGAUGGGGUCGAGUACAAGACUGGCAUGGGAAUUACCAAGAAGGAGGCUCGGCUCAAGGCUGCAGUGCUCGCUGUGCAGGACCUGCUGCCCACCUGGGAAAGUCAGAAGUCUGUCCUCCCUGAAGCAUCAGGUGUCCCUCCACCCUUGCCAGUAAAAGAGCAGCCCUCCAUCUCUGACAUCCAUCCUUGUAGAGCCAUCCACGAAAGGAAGAAUUCGGUCAACCUCCAGAUUCCUAACGCUGUCAGGGGUCAGCUCACUAAACUGAUGAACAGCCACCCAGAGUUCUCUGCCUGUGCAGGCACCACAGCAGCAUUCAUUAUUCAGACCUCGGGCGGAUGUGAGGUAGUCGCUGUUGGCACCGGGAACUUCAAUACAAACGGGAGUGCCUUGUCGAGUGGACGGAUUGUCCAUGAUUCACAUGCAGUUGUAACUGCAAGGAGAUCACUUAUGAGGUUUCUGUACCGACACCUGCUGAUGUUCUUCAGCAAAAUGGCCAAUCUGAUGGAGAAGUCGAUCUUUGAGCAGAACAGCAGCAGUGGCCUCCUCAGCAUGAAGAGUGGCAUCACCCUCCACCUCUAUGUGAACCAACUGCCAAAGGGUGCUGCUCAGAUCCCUUCCAAGCUGCGCCUGAACCCACUCUCAAUUUCGGCAUGGCAAGUCAACAAUGAGAUCAGCCUACACCUGUCAGUGGAGGGCAAGGUGUUCUCAGUUUUCUCGUCAACCUUUGAUCACUCUACCUCCAAGGUGGUCAGCAUGUCUGCCACAGACAAGCUCACUCAGUGGCAGGUGCUAGGAUACCAGGGAGCCUUACUCAGCCACUUUAUUGAGCCCAUCUAUGUCCAAAGCAUCCUCAUAGGUGACUCUGGCUGCAGUGAUAUCCGUGGGAUGGAGAUCUCUGUGAGCCAGCGUGUGGAGGGCAUUACCUCCCAGCUGCCUAUGUUCUACUGCAUGAUGAGGCCCCACAUCAACCUGGUGCCUUCUGUGGCUACCAACAGCACCGACAGUAGCCACUUAACCUACAGUGCCAACUGGAGCGAAGGAGACAGCUGCUUGGAGGUUGUGGAUGGCCUGGAGGGCAAGACCAUAGAGGAAUCUCCCUUUAAGAGUGGCACUGCUCUGGCAAGCCGUCUGUGCAAAGCAGCGAUGCUGCACCGCUUUAAGUUGGUGGCCAAAGAGGCCCAGAGGCAGGACCUGCUGGCCACAAGCUCCUACAGAGAAGCCAAGAGGAUGGCGAAGCCGUACCAGGAGGCCAAGAAUGUGCUGAGGGCAUACCUAUCACAGCAGGGCUUUGGUUCGUGGCUGGUCAAGCUUUCGGUUAGUGAUAACUUCAGCAUGUGAAUAAAACAUUAUCAGUGGGGGAAAAAACUGCACUUUAGAAGCAAUUGUAUUCCAAAAUGUUAAAACUAAGUUUAAUUUGCAAGAAGCACUUGUUGCUGUGGUAUUUUGCCGUGCUGGUAAUAAGAAGUUUCUGUUGUGGUUUCUAAAGGGAUUAAGGUCAAUCCCUGCUCAUGUCUUAAGAGACAUUUUGUGUCUGGGAACUCUGUCUGUGGUCUUUGAUUUUCAAAAGAGGAAUACAAUUUUAUACAUUUGUAUAAAAUAGCCAUUUUGUAAGCAGACAACUUGUAUUGCAUCCCACUACAGGCCUUAAUACAGGGUAAUAGUUCUGCUUCAUUCAGUUGAUGAAAACAUAUCCUAUUUACAUAAAAAAAUGCUAUUGUGUGUAAUGGAAAUGACCUUGGAGAAUGUGGGGUCAUAAUGUUUGCAUCCUACUCUUAAACUUUGCCUUUAUAGUCCAAAGAGCUCUUUAGUAUUACAAGUACUUUAUGUUAUUACUGUUAUAUAGUAGUUUGGUGACUAAAGUUAUUGUUUGUGUUUUCAUCUCGUCAAGAAAAGUCACAUUUUUGGUCCAUAUUCACUGAUUUGUGCUACAGUAAUAGUCACACAUGCAAAAUACAAUGUGCUGUAUAAAGUUAGAUGGAUUAAAUGAAG